AUGACCCUCCAUAAUAAUCUCAGCACAGAAAGGCUCAUAUACCACCAGCAGGACUCCAUACGCGCGACGCUUCAAGACUUCGGGAUCCAGAUUGAUUCCCAGGAAUUGCUAGCAAUUGAGGAUGACUCUGUGGACAGUACAUAUUCAUUUUGCAGCUGGAAAUCUGCACCCGAUAACCGUUCAAGAAUUCCAUACAGAAACAUCCUCUGGGUACAGCCUGUCAUUGAUGAAACGGGCCAGGUCCAAGAAGACGACUUGGAAAUCACAUACGUCAAACCAAAGGGCAAGUUGUCGCUCGAGCCAGUCACCUUGCGUAUUCUGAUCCAAAACUACCGUGCUCUCUAUAACAAUCUCCAGGAAUUAUCUAAUUCAAUACUAGCUAAAUCCUACAAGAACCAUAUCGUGAAACCGUCAGUCUUGGUGAUUAUAAAUCCUCACGGUGGUCAAGGAAAGGCUUUGAAGAUCUACAAUACGGAAAUAAAGCCAAUUUUAAAGGCGGCCAGAGCCAAGAUUACUAUUCAGGAAACAAGUUACCACAAGCAUGGAAUCGAUAUCGGGCGUGAACUAGAUAUCUCCAAGUACGAUGUAAUAGCAUGUUGUUCAGGAGAUGGAAUCCCGCAUGAAAUCAUUAACGGUUUUUACGAAAGGCCAGAUAAGGGCGUGUCUGCUUUCAACAAAAUAGCCAUCACCCAACUUCCGUGUGGCUCUGGUAAUGCCCUUUCUCUCAGUACCCAUGGAAGUAAUGAUGCUUCCAUGGCUACUUUUCAUAUGUUAAAGGCAAAGAGAACUAAGCUUGACCUCAUGGCUGUGACUCAAGGUGUAGGUCCUAACGAGAAAAUCAAGUUAUCCUUCUUGACGCAAUGUUAUGGUGUUAUUGCGGAUGCUGAUAUUGGCACGGAACAUUUGAGGUGGAUGGGGGCGAUCAGAUUUGAUGUUGGGGUUUUACACGGUAUUUUGGCAAGAAGAAAGUUUCCCUGUGAAUUGUAUGUCGAUUUCUUGACCAAUUCAAAACAAGAACUCUCUGCCCAUUUCGACACUUAUCACCAGAAUUCAAAUUCGACAGCAGCUCGCAUAGAACAUCAUUCACAAGAUGAUGGUGAAUUGCCACUAUUGAAUGAAGAGCGGUUGCAAGUCAAGGGACCAAAAUUGAACCAUCCACCACCUGAAUCAUGGACUAAAAUAAGCCAAAACAUAUCGGACAAUGUCAACAUUCUCUACGUAGGUAAGAUGCCAUAUAUUUCCAACGAUGUCCAGUUUUUUCCAGCAGCUCUACCAAAUGACGGAUCUAUGGACAUGAUCCUCACAGAUACUAAAACCUCUGUAAUGGAAACCGCUUCCAUUCUCAUGUCCUUAGACAAGGGAUUGCAUGUUCAUAACGAAAAAGUACAUCAUGCUAAGAUUUCGUCUUACAGAUUGAUUCCAAAGAUACCGCGGAAUGAGCAGCAUUAUAUUUCAGUGGAUGGAGAAAGUUUUCCAUUCGAACCGUUACAGGUCGAAGUUCUACCAGGAGUACUCACGGGCUUGCUACAAGGUGGAAAUUUUGUUGAUACGUGCUUUUCACGUUAG